UUAUCUUCUUCAUACCUUUUACGGGUACAGUAUACAGUACUUUUACAGUUAUUAAAAGCCUACAGUUAUUCUAUCUCUGAGGCUGAGAGACAACAGAGGAGGGCAUUACACAUAUCCCUUAGCGUCUCAGUGUCUCACCACGUCAUGACUACUAGAUCUGCACUCCUGAUUCUGGCAGCCCUUGUUGGAUCCUGCGCUGAGUUUCCAGCUUUAGACACUGUCAACCCUGAUAUAGGAAAAAAUGAAGUGGCAACAGAAAAUUCAGAGAUGACAGAGAGAUACAUGUCAGUACUCUGUACACCAGUGCCUGCCCCGUUGUCCCCAUCCUCCUCAGUUCAUGCUCUCAGACCUGCUGAUAUCUCAGGUGUUUACACCUUGGGAAUGCCUCUUUCAAACAGGGAUGAGGCAUCCAGAGUGGUCAGCAGACUAGCUGAGUUGUUGUCCAUUUUUAAUCCUGAACUGAUCACUCAACACAUGGAUCAGACGUCAUUGCAUCCCAGGAGUUUGUUGGAGGAAGCUGAGGAACUGUCUUUGUCCCUUUCUCAUAAGGAGGCAGACUGGAAGUUUGUGCUGCUGUUUGUGCCGACUGACUCCAUGUGUGCCUGUUCACCACAUCUUGUUGUAGAUGUUAAAGCUAUUGUGCAGGAAGUGGAAGCAACUCUGCAGAUAUUGCAACAACGGUUGCAUCGCACUUUAAUUCAUGUAGUAGUCUGGAGCACCUUUCAUCAGCAGGACAACAGCUGUGAGUGUAUGAGAAAUGAAAACAUAAACCAGCGGCUACAUAAAGCAGUGCUCUUGAAAACACUGCAGGAUUCUCUAAAUCAGGUCUUGGAAAAUCCAGUGUGGCAUAGCAAAAGUGCACUCUUCACUGCCGUGCUGCAGCCUGUUCCAGUUAUCCUUGAACCCAACUCAGAUUCUGGUACCACAUUGCCUGACUUAAACCAAAUAGCUCUUCAGCUAUGGAUGAACCUGCUUCAACCAGUGACAGGUGAGGCAGAGGUCAUGGACAACAAUGACAUCACUAUUCCUUGCCCUACCCAGGAACGACCUUUCCUGCAGACAAAGAUAAAUUCCCCCACUCACAGAAAAGAGCCAGGUUAUAGCAAAGCCUCUACACUAACUGAUCCUGUUAUGGGAACUGAAAUACCCUGCACAGACCAUAGUCCAUCCCCUACCAUACCCACUUCAGUUCAUGAACUCAGACCUGGAGAUAUCAAGGUGGUGGCAGCAUUGGGUGACUCUGUGACAGCAGGCAAUGGUGUGGGUGCAAAGACAGACAACCUACUGUUAGUAAUUAAAGAGUACAGGGGACUGUCAUGGAGCAUUGGUGGUGAUGAAAACAUUACCACUGUGACCACUCUGCCAAACAUCCUGAGGCAGUUUAACCCCUCCCUGACUGGCUUCUCAGAGGGAAUAGGUGGGAAAGACAGUCCGAAGGCCUUUCUCAACCAGGCUGUGCCAGGGGCAAAGAGUGGUGACAUGGUGCAACAGGUGCGCAUCCUCAUGGACAAAAUGAAAAAUGAUUCACGAAUUGAUUUCCACAAUGACUGGAAAGUGAUCACCAUGUUUAUCGGAGGCAAUGACAUAUGUGACUUCUGCAUAGACAGUGCUAUUCACUCGCCGAGUAAUGUGAUCAAUCGUGUCCGCCAAGCUCUGGACAUACUCCACAGGGAAGUCCCUCGUGCCAUUGUCAAUCUGGUGGAGGUGUUUAACACUGUACUGCUGCGUGAUCUGCACAGAGACAAGACUCUGGGCUGUCCCACCUGGCUCGUCCAAUUAUUUUGCUCCUGCAUAGUGAAGCCUAAAGAUGGAUCCUAUGAACUUCAGAAGCUCAAUGAGUUCAAUAGAGGUUAUCAGCGUGCUAUGCAAGAGCUGAUUGACUCUGGACGGUACGACACGCACAACAACUUCACUGUGGUACUGCAGCCGUUCUUCAGAGAUGUUGUCCUUCCCCUGUUGGAGGAUGGCCGGCCUGAUCGCUCUUACUUCACACCUGACUGUGCUCAUCUUAGCCAGAAAGCUCACACUGCCAUGGCUCGUGCUCUGUGGAACAACAUGUUAGAGCCGGUGGGCAGCAAGACUUUUACACUAAGCCUCACAACUGCCACUGAUCUGAAGUGUCCCUCUAAGACCAACCCAUUCUUCAGGACUGCUAUUAACAGCAACUACACCUUUCCAGGCCCUCCACCCACUCCUGCUCCUGUUACACACUGGGGCAGUGACUUCUCCUGUGUUAACACAGCUCCAUCAAACUCUGUGCCUACUUCAGCUCACAGGGUACGACCAGCAGACAUCAACGUGGUGGCUGCUCUCGGAGACUCUAUAACGGCUGCCUUUGGUGCCAAAGCAAAGAAUCUGUUGCAGCUACCUACUGAGUACAGAGGAGUGUCAUGGAGCAUUGGAGGAGACAAAACUCUUGAGACUGUCACAACAUUACCCAAUAUUCUUAAGAAGUUCAACCCUAACAUCAAAGGAGUGUCAAAGGGAGUAGGGAAAAAACAGGCUGGCUUCAACAUGGCUGUAUCAGGGGCUAAAAUAGCAGGAAUUCCAGAGCAGGUCCGUCGCCUGAUUGAUGCCUUAAAAAAAGACCCUACAGUGGAUUUUCAGAAUGAAUGGAAGCUGGUGACCCUCUUCAUUGGAGGCAAUGACCUGUGCCAGUACUGCUAUGACCGCCUCUCUUUAUCACCUGGGAAUUACAGCCAUCAUAUGAUGACAAGCUUGGACAUGUUGUAUGAAGAGGUUCCCAGGGUGAUAGUCAACAUUGUGGAAAUCCUGGAAAUUGAAGGCCUACGCAGGAUCAAAAGGGACAGUCUUUUUUGCAGUGUGUUCCAAAAGCAUGUCUGCCCAUGCUUUUUGUUACCUGAAAAUGAUUCCCCUGAGCUGGCUGAAGUAAAAUGGAUAAAUCAGGAACUACAGACUGAAACUGAACGUUUGGUUUACAGAGGCCGCUAUGAUGGCAGAGAGGACUUUGCUGUGGUUGUGCAGCCCUUUUUUAAAAACUCCAUUCUUCCUUUGAACGCUGAAGGAAGGCCUGACACCACCUACUUCACUGAGGACUGUUUUCACUUCACUGAACGAGGACAUGCUGACAUGGCUACAGCUCUGUGGAAUAAUAUGCUGGAGCCAGUGGGAAAAAAGCAGACAUACAACAAUUUCACAAAUGCUAGAAAUAACAUAAAGUGUCCCACUGAGGAGCAUCCAUACAUCUUCACAAAAGUGAACAGCUUGCCCAGUUCAACCACCCCAGUACCCACAACACAUAACACAGGCCUGCCUCUCUCCUCUGACUGCUCAGCCAAUGUGCCAAUAUGGCUCGCUGCUGUGCUGGCUGUUAUUGGGCUUCUGAUUGGCUGGGCUGUCACCUGGCUCCUCCUGUCCUGCAGAGCCAGGAGAAGCAAGAGAAGAAUGAUGGUUGCAGAGGAGAUGAAGGGCACAGUGUUUUGAAGUUCUACUUGCUGUAUUUUUGCACUGGACUAUUCAAGAAAAAACAAUCAGAACCACAGCCAACAUUUAAAGUGAUUGUAGAAACACACUCUUUGUGGUGAGGCAGUUUUUCAUGCUAACAUAACCCUGUCUGCUAUGUUUAGAGAGGUUCUCCUUGGAUGCAGAAACCACAGAAAACAUUAGUGGAUGCACUUUUUAGGAAAGCAAUACAUAAACAACUGAAUGAUAAUCGAUUAUAAGUCUUCAAUUCAAAUCUUACUAAAGUGAAAUCAUAUAAAUAAUUUAGUAAGGUAUGUUAGCAUAUUUACUACUCAUUGUGAAGACCGGUUUCUUUCACAAUUCAUAUCACUCAUGCAUUAAUCUAUGAAACACAUUUAAGUGUUGUAGCUGGUCUAUCAACUGAA